AUGCCAGCCACAGACAGUCUCCAGCCUCCUCUGAGCAAAGCCGAGCGUGAAGUCUGCAAAUCAUACGGCGGCUGGACCAAUUUUAUGCAGUCUAUGGGCCUCAAGCCGUGGGAGGAUGAUGACGCCGCUGAGGGCAAGGCCAUCCUAGCGGCAUUUGUUGCGAAAGACAAAGAAUCUGCCGACAAAAUAAACAAGACUAAUGGCGGUGCUGGCGGGCGUUGA